GCCUGGGCGCGGGGCGGUGGCUCUGACCCGCACCUGCGGUGAGCAGCCGUGAUCUGCGCCGCGCCCUGCGCUGCCCGGUCCGCGCCUGUGAAGAUUCGCUGCGUCUUGCGCGGUUCGUAGUACUGCGGAAGCGUCGGUUUUCCCCGCCCCUACGCCUGCCCGGCUUCCUCAGAACGGAGUCGGCGGGAGAGUUUGAUGGCGUCGCCUAGCAGCGGCCUCCGCCGCCAUCACCGUUCCGGCGGAGCGAUACCAUUUCAGGAGUGAUACUUUCUUAAAGAAGUUAUUCUGUAAGUCAGGAAGAGAAAAAGAGAAAUGAAAGAAGGAAGGUACUGUAUUGUCUUCCGGGUGUAUGAGAAGUUAUUGUGACCCACAGCAACCAGCAAGAAAAAUACUAUAAAAUCAAUAUGGCGCCCAUUUUGGAUUGGAAGAAGCUUAUGAGAGUAGAUCCAGAUGCUCUUCCUCGUCAAGAAGAACUAGCAGACAGAUUGCUUGAGACUCUGUCCAAGGUUGAUGGGAAAGACUUGAAAAAUGAAACUCCUGAACAACUGAUACAUCUAUUUAAAAUUACUCAGUCACUGAUGAAGAUGAAAGCUCAAGAGGUAGAGCUGGCACUGGAAGAAGUUGAAAAAGCUGGGGAAGAACAAGCCAAAUGUGAAAAUCUAUUCAAAACAAAGAUGAUGAAGCUGGAAAGUGAAUUAGAGAUGGCACAAAGUUCAGCUGGUGGUCGUGAUACCCGUUUUUUGCGUGAUGAGAUCCGCCAACUGGAGAAACAGGUAGAACAAAAGGAGAGACAAUUAAUAGAUAUAGAGAAGGAACUGGAAAAAGAGAAGAAAGUGAAUGAACAGCUUGCUCUUCGAAAUGAAGAUGCAGAAAAUGAGAACAUCAAAUUAAGGAGAGAGAAUGAACAAUUGCGUCAGGAUGUAGUUGACUAUCAGAGGCAAAUAGAUUCUCAUAAAGAAGCAGUUCUGUCACGAAGAGGAGAUGAUUCUGAUUACAGAUCUCAGUUGUCCAAAAAGAACUUUGAGCUUGUCCAGUAUUUGGAUGAAAUUCAGAAUUUGACUGAAACUAAUGAGAAGUUAGACAUUCAAAACCAAGAAAUGAGAAAGAAUCUUGAGGAAUCGGUGCAAGAAAUGGAGAAGAUGACUGAUGAAUAUAAUAAAAUGAAACUAAUUGUGCAACAAUCUGAUAUUGUUAUGGAUCAGUUAAGAAAGGAGAAUGAACAGUACAAAUUUCAAGUUCAGGAGCUUUCAGACCAGCUGAAAGCAAAGAAUGAGGAAGAUGAUCCACUCAUGGCAGCUAUAAAUGCAAAAGUUGAAGAAUGGAAGAAAAUCUUGGCUUCAAAAGACGACGAACUCAUAGAAUAUCAGCAAAUGUUGUUUAACAUCAAAGAGGAGAUGAAAAUGGCACGACUUGAUGUAAAUAGAAACAGUAUACUUGCCCUUCAGCAGGGCGUGCAAGAGCGAGAUGCGCAGAUAAGACUGCUUACUGAGCAAGUUGAACAGUAUACCAAAGAAAUGGAACAAAAUGCAUUUCUUAUUGAGGAAUUAAAAAAUGAUCUCCAAAAAGAUAAAGGUCUCUCAUCUCUUGCUCAUCAGAAUCGUCUAGGAGAAAUGCAAGAAAAAUUAAAACUGCUAGAAGAGAGAGCUAAGGAGGCUGAGAAAUCAGCAGAACUAGCUGAAGCAGAUGCUAGAGAAAAGGACAAAGAACUUGUUGAGGCUCUGAAACGAAUGAAAAACUACGAACUGGGAGUAUAUGGUUUGGAAGAGGCUGUUGCUGAAAUAAAGGAUUUAAAAAAGCAAAUCAAAAUACGAGAUCACGAGAUUGAAAUGUUAAUUAAGGAAAUCAAUAAACUUGAACUUAAAAUAAAUGAUUUUCUUGAUGAAAAUGAAGAGCUUAGAGAACGCUUAGGUCUUGAGCCAAAGGCAAUGAUUGAUUUAAAUGAAUUCAGAAACAGCAAAACACUGAAACAGCAGCAAUAUAGAUCUGAAAACCAGAUUCUGUUGAAAGAGAUUGAAAGACUAGAAGAGGAAAGAGUUGAACUGAAAAAACAGGUUCGUAAAUUGGCUCAGGAGAAAGGAAGAAGAGUUGCCACAAGAGCACUGGAGGCUGGUGAUGUGCAGAUAACAGACUACUUCACUGAAGAGAAGCAGAUGAAUAAGAGAGAGUUUGAUUUCUUGAACACACAGAAUAUUGCUGAAGUAAAGGCAAAGAAUGAGUAUCUUGCAAACGAGUUGAGUGAGAGAGAGAGAGAUUUGGAAAAGAACAGGACUAUAAUAGCCAAAUUUCAAUCUAAAUUAAAAGAAUUAUCAGAAGAGAAUAAACAACUUGAACAAGGAAUGAAAGAAAUAUUGCAAGCUGUGAAGGAAAUGCAGAAGGAUCCUACUGUGAAGGGGGGAGAAACAGCCUUAAUAAUCCCUAGUUUGGAUCGUUUAGUUAAUGCAAUUGAGUCAAAGAACACAGAUGGAAUCUUUGAUGCUAGUGUGCACUUGAAAGCUCAGGUUGAUCAGCUUACAGGACGAAAUGAAGAAUUAAGGCAGGAACUGAAACAGACUCAGAAGGAGUCAACAAAUUACUCUAAUCAGCUGGCAAAAGCAAAUGAAAAGAUUGCACAACUGAAUAAUGAAAUUUGCAUAUUACGUCAAUCAGAAUGUGCCAAUAUUAUCUUCAAAACGGUGAAUCUUCCAGAAGGCAUGAUUCCUUCAAGUGCUAAUAUGAUUAAUUCUUUGAAUGAAUAUUUAGUAUGUCUUAUCCAGGAACUGGAAAAUAAAGAACAAUUACUUAAACGAUUAGAAGAUGCAGUAGAGGACUACAAACGAAAAUUUGCAGUAAUUCGUCAUCAACAAGGCUUGCUUUAUAAAGAAUAUCAAAGAGAAAAGGAAAACUGGCAGAAAGAAUUUGAAGAAAUGAAAGAGGAAAAGAAGAAGCUGGAGGAGCAAAAAGAACAAGAUGCUACAAAAAUAAAAGAAUACUCUAAUCUACUUAGUGCACUUGAGCUGGAUCCUGAUGAAACAAAAAAAUGGCUUGCAGAAAAUAAUAGAAAAAUAACUGUUUUACGCGUUAAUGAAAGAUCAUUAACAAGGCAGUAUACCACUCUGCUUGAGAUGGAACGACAUCUUAGAAAAGAAAAUGAGAAAUUGAAGAGUGAAAUUACACAUAUGGAGACUGCAGUUGAAGGGAGGAUUGGACAUUUGCAACGAUUCAAGGAAAUGGCUAGCUUUAAGAUCGCAGCUCUACAAAAAGUGUUGGAUGGUAGCGUCCCACUGUCUGAACUAGAACUGGCUAAUAAGCAGUAUAAUGCAUUAACUGCUAAAUACAGGGAUAUGUUACAAAAAGAUAAUUUGCUCGUCCAGCGGACAACGAACAUGGAACACAUGGAGCAUGAAAAUGAAUCCUUAAAAGCACAGAUAAAUUUCUUGAAUAAGGAACUGGAAAUCACAAAAGAGAAACUUCAUACUAUAGAACAGGCUUGGGAACAAAUGACUAAACUGGGGGAUGACAAUGCCAUGGACAAGGCUACAAAAGCAAUAACCAACAGUGAGAUUUCAUCAAUUUCUAAGAAAAUUGCCAUGUUGGAAAUGAAGGAAUUAAAUGAAAGACAGAGAGCAGAACAUUCUCAACGUAUGUAUGAACAUUUAAGGAAUACUUUAAAGCAAGUCGAAGAACGCAAUUUUGAAUUGGAAACAAAGUUUGCCGAGCUCACCAAAAUCAAUCUUGAGGCACAGAAAGUGGAACAGGAAUUAAGAGAUGAACUGUCAAAUAGCGUAAGUAAGGCAGUGAGUGAUGCAGACAGACGACAAAUCAUGGACCUAGAGAAGCGUGAGAUGGAGCUCAAGAUUGAAGUAUCAAAGUUGAGAGAACUGUCUGACGUUGCAAAAAUGCAAGUUGAAGCUCUAGAGGCACGCCAGCAAUGCAGAGAGAAGGAAGUGGAAUCUCUUAGAAUGCAAGUUUUAGACUGUCAGGCACAGUCUGAUGAAAAAGCAGUUAUUGCAAAACUGCAUCAGCAUAUCAUAGCCCUUCAAGACAGUGAAUCCAUUGCUGUAGGCAAGUUGGAGACUUUAAAAUUGAAACUAAAGAAGGUGGAAAUCCACAGUCUACAUUUAGAGCAGAAACUUGAUGACAGAGAGCAUGCCUUAUAUUUUGCCCGACUGGAAGGAAGGAAUAGAGCAAAACAUCUACGACAGACAAUUCAGUCUUUGCGGAGACAGUUUAGUGGGGCUCUACCUCUAGCACAGCAAGAAAAAUUCUCUAGGACAAUGAUUCAGCUACAGAAUGACAAACUGAAAAUCCUAGAAGAAGUUCAGCGUGCCCAGCAGGACCGUCAAAAUGCUGAAAGUAGAGCACUGGAAGUGGAGUUGAAGCUGAGAAGUUUAGAAGAAUUAUUAACUGCAUUGAAGGAUACGAGAGGAGCUCAAAAGGUAAUAGAAUGGCAUAUGAAGAUGGAGGAACUCCAUCUGCAGGAACUUAAACUCAAUCGAGAAUUAGUCAAACAAAAGGAAGAAAUGAAGUAUUUGCAUAAUAUAAUUUCGGAAUACGAAUGCACAAUCAAUAAUUUGGAAGAGGAAGUUGUGCAGCAGAACAAGUUUCAUGAAGAAAGGCAAAUGGCAUGGGACCAGAGGGAAUUAGAAUUGCAGCGCCAAUUAGACAUAUAUGAUCAGCAGCAGAAUGAAAUACUUAGUACUGCUCUAAAGUGUGAAGAGGCCACAGGAUCAGUUCCAGACCCUACUUUGCCGCUCCCACAACAACUUGAGCUGGCUUUGAGGAAGGUUCAGGAGCAUGUUCGAAUAGUUGUGGAAACAAGGGCAACCUGCAAAUCACUAGAGGAGAAAUUAAAAGAAAAGGAAGCUGCUCUGUGCAAAGCUGAACAAAAUAUUUUAUCCAGAGACAAAGUUAUAAAUGAACUAAGACUUCAGUUACCUUCAACGUCAGAAAAAGAGAAAAUAAUAGCUGAAUUAGGCAAAAAAGAAGAUGAUCCAGAGUACCAUCAUGCAAUAAAAGUUGCUCAUCAAACUAUUGCAAAUAUGCAAGCACGAUUAAGUCAGAAGGAGGAAAUGUUAAAAAAAUACCAAGAUCUGCUUGCUAAAGCAAGAGAGGAACAAGAGGAAAUAGCAAAGAAACACGAAGAAGACAUUAGAGUUCUACACCAGAAGUUAGAUUUGUGCGCUGAGAAUUCUCUUAAUAAAUUGAAACAGACUGCUUUGGAUUUAAUGGAAAAUCCUUCUUUAUCACUUAAUAGCAACAAACACUUCCUCCGUUUAGCUGAAAUGGAGCAAACUGUAGUAGAACAGGACAAUUCUCUUGCUUCACUUGUUGGUAAAUUAAAGAAAACAUCAUCUGAUUUGGAGAAACAAAAGCAGAUUACUGUAAUGAAAAUCAAAGAGUUUGAGACUAUCAGAGCCCAGCUUCAGGAAAAGCACACAGUUGAUGUGGAACUAUUGAAAGAUGAAGCAAAUGGAUUGAAGAAAGUGCUAUCUCACACAGAGAAGGAACUAGUCAAUGUGAAAGCUGAACUAGAGGCUCAAAAAGAAGCAAACAAGAGAGCACCUACAGCAACAAUGAGGAGCCUAGUGGAACAGCUGAAGAACCAGUUAGCCCUAAAAGAGAAGCAGCAGAAAGCUUUGAGUAAAGCCCUUCUGGUACUUCGAGCAGAAAUGACUGCUAAUGCUGAACAGCAGAUAAUUUCUGCAGCGUCACAAAAAGAGGCAUAUAUGAAUGUCCAGGAGAUUGUUGACAGAGAAACAAAGAGGCUCAUGACACAGAUAGAGGAACUAAAUAAUCAGAUUUCAAAACUUACAGAUAACCUUAAACUAAGUAAAAACAGGGAGAGUGCUUUGUUAGAUGAAAGGGAUGAGCUGAACCAAGAACUUCAGAGGAAACAAAAGGCAUUUACUAAAAUGAUGAGAGAAAAAAGUGAAAUCGAAAUGGAAAAUGAAGAACUGAAGAAACGGAUCAGGAGGCUAACCACUGGUAUUCAGAACAGAGCUGGUGAGCAAAAUCUGAUAGAUGAACUUCAGAAGAAAGUUAAGAAAUUGGAAAAUGAGAAGAAGUGUGAAGAAAUAGAAAAAAAAAGUAUAAAAGAAGACAAGACCUCAAAAGAGGAAAUAAUUAGAUGGGAAGAAAGUAAAAAAUGGCAAAUCAGAAUAGAAGGGAUGCGGAACAAACUUAAAGAAAAGGAAAAGGAAACUGAUACUUUAGCCAAACAGUUCACUACAUUGAAGGAACUUUAUUCCAAGACUGAAAAAGAGAAAAUUACUCUUCAGAAGAAACUGAAAAAUACUGGUGUUACUGUUGACCGUGUUGUUGGAGUAAGAGCCUCAGAGACUGAAAAAGAACUGGAAGAACUAAGGAAACGGAAUCUAAAUUUAGAAAAUGAAGUUGCUCACAUGAGAACACAGCAAGCAAUUCCACGAGAUUCUGUUGUAGAAGAAUUACAUUUAAAAAAUCAAUACCUUCAGGAAAAGCUUCAUGAACUGCAGAGACAGUGUUCAAGAGAGGCAUAUUCUAGGCCCUCGAGUACAUAUUAUCAAACUGAACUGAACAAGUCUCUUCCUGUCAGUGUCAGUAAAGAGAAGUGUUUGAAUUACCUCCAAAAGAAAUCUGUUUCAAAUAGGGAUGGAAUCAAACAUCAGACUGAUCUUAGCACUUCUGGUAACAAUGAAAUAGAUGAGGAAGCAAGCAUACAAAGUUCCAUUGUGCAUAAUGAAGGCCAUGAGGCUACCAGGAAUGCAGGCACAGAAGUCAGUCCUGAGCAGCAGCAUCCUGAACAUAAUGAAAAAUGCAAGGACACAGAUAUUUCUUUGGAAGGAUUGAAAAACAACAAUACCGCUGAAGAUGGUGAAGAGUAUUGUAGUGAUAAAGAACAAAAUAUAACCCAGCCUGAAAAUGGAAAAACUAAUGAGGAAUUUGGAGACGAGGACAGAAAGCAAGAAAUAUUCAAGCAAUCAAGUGUUGAUGAAGAACAAAGCGUAGAAAAGCUUUAUUCUAACAGAAUGAGCUGCAGUCACUUUUAUGCAGGAGAACCUUCUAAUCAAGUUAAUGAUGAUGAAGCAGAAAAAAUAAAUGUGAAUAAUGAAAUGAAUCAACACACUUCAGAGAAUAAAUGUGAAACUUACCGAAGCAAUACAGAGAGAGUUGAAACAACCCCAGAACUCUGUGAAAUGCCUGAGACAUCAGGAGUAGGAUCAGAUGAUCAAUAUCAAAGAGAACAAGAGGUUCUAAAGGAAAAUCUAAGAUUAUCAUCUGAAAAUGUUGAGCUAAGAUUCCAGCUAGAGCAAGCCAACAGAGAUUUGCCAAGACUAAAGGACCAAGUAAGUGACUUAAAAGAAAUGUGUGAACUUCUCAAAAAGGAGAAAGCAGAUGUUGAAAGAAAACUGGGCAAUGUUAGAGGGGCUGGCAGAAGUGGAAAGACAGUUCCAGAACUGGAAAAAACUAUUGGUUUGAUGAAAAAGGUGGUAGAGAGAGUCCAAAGAGAAAAUGAAGAUCUGAAAAAAUCUCCAGCUGUGGUUUCUAAUGAGAAAUUACUUGGUCUUGAACAGGAAAAUGAGAGGUUAAAGACUGAAAUGAGAAAAAUGAAACUUGAUCUUGGGGGCCAGCUGAGUAUGCAUUACGAAUCUAAAACCAAAGGAAUGGAAAAAGUCAUUACUGAAAAUGAGAGGCUACGUAAAGAACUGAAAAAGGAAGCUGACAGUGGAGAGAAGCUACGAAUAGCAAAAAAGAAUCUGGAGAUAUUAAAUGAGAAAUUAACUGUACAGCUGGAGGAGGCCAUUAAGAAGCUAAAUUUGGCUGAGAGCACAGGCCCUCAGCUUGAUGAAGCUGACAGGAAAAUCUGGAAAUCAGUUGCUGUAGCAAGGAUGCAUGAAACAAAGAUGAAGGAAUUGGAAAUGGAUAUUGCUAAAAAAACCCAAAGCAUUACUGACCUGAAACGGCUGCUUCAGGAGGCAACAGAACGUGAACACAAUGCUGAUAAAAACUUACAGGAUCUAAAAGAACAAAUUGAGCUUCUCAGCCACCUUCCUGAAGGUGCAAGGACAGAGCAUGGCCUCAUCAGGGAGCUUCAGCUUUUAAGAUUAACUAAUAGUCGAUUAAAGGAAGAAAAAGCAGAACUAGGACGCCAGAUAGAAGAUUAUAAGCACCAGAUACACAUGUACACAAGUGAAGGUCCUGCAGCUGGAAAUAGUGAAGUUUCAAAGAAGGAUAAAAAUGAUAAGAUAAUGACAGAAGUAGCUGACCUCCAGGCACAGCUGAAAGCCUCUAAGUUGGAGAAAGAGCAGCUAGAGGAAGAAACAAAGAAGUUGAGAAAAGAACUGGAAAACUUCAAUAAUUCCUUUUUUGAAGAAAUUGAAGAUCUGAAAUACAACUAUAAUGAAGAAUUAAAAAAAAAUAUUAUUUUAGAAGAAAGAUUAAAGAAGCUGUCUGAAGAGUUUGGCACGCAAGUCAAUAGCCCAGCCAAUACUUCUGUUGAUUAGGCGUUUAGUUUCCUCAGCACUGAUAAAGAAAAAAAAUUCUAGGGCAGUUAUGUAAUACUGAUUUGUCUGUCAUUCCAGGAUUAAAAAAAACAAAAAGUUAUUGAAGUCAUAACGAUUUGGUACAUUCUGCAGCUUGUUGAAUUGAUUAAGUCAAUGGACUCUGGUCAGUAUUUACAUACACCAGUCAAAAUGAAAACCAGUUUUACGUCCCCCAUCUACUUUGCAAUAUUAUUCAGAACAGUAAUUACAGUAAUACACAUUCUUAAGGAAAAGUCCGAAAAUCCAAGUUUUCAACUCUAACCAGAAGUUCAGAAACUCUGAAAGCACAUUACGUAUGGUAAAUUCCAACUCAACAAUUCUGUAAUUUAUUCUUGUCUCUUGCAUCUCAACAGUAGAUAGUGUUGUGGUCAUCUCUGUUCUUACAACGUUAAUUAUUACCUCAAUUGUAGAAAAUUCAAGAAUAAAGAAUGGAAAACAUGCUUGCAGUAUGUCAGCCAAACUAGCAGUAUUUUUGUAGAUAAAUGUACAGUUACUAUGUGAGUUUUUUCCUUUUGUAUACUUUAUACAUAUAGACGUAUACUUUUAUAGAGCAAAUAAAAGCCCACUCAAACCAC